AUGUCUUCCUCUUCCUUAUCCUCUAGAUUUUGCUUUAACCGAGAAUGUUCUCACUUCAACCUCGACCAUUACCGUCCUGGUUGGCGUCUCCGUACUGGCGAUUUCGUCGACCUCUGUGAUCGUUGCGCCUCUGCUUAUGAUCAAGGAACGUUUUGUGACAUCUUUCACCCAAGGGCUUCCGGAUGGAGGUGUUGUGAGUCAUGUGGAAAGCGAAUUCAUUGUGGUUGUAUUGUUUCUGCAUCUGCUUAUGUGUUGCUGGAUGCUGGAGGAAUUGAGUGCUUGGCUUGCGCAAGAAAAAAAGCUCCUUUGGGACCCAAUUUUGCAUCACCACAGUCGUAUUUUCUCCAGUCUCCAAUCGCUGAGAAAUUCAGGGACUUGUCAAUCAAUUGGAGUUCUUCAACCAGGUCAAAUCCGCUAAGCUGCCAGCCUCCUAGUUUGUUAAGUCCUUCAGUUCUUCCGUUUGAUUUGCAUAAUCGUGGAGAUAGUUAUGGAUUUAGUCAACCUACUUCUAAAGACAGGGGAAUGAGUGACUUGAUUGGGAGAUUAAUGAGUGAAAACUCGAAAAAUCACACAAUCGGCAUACUUAAUAACCAGAAAACAGGACCUAAUCGUAAAGUACCUCCUUGUCCGAAAGCUAAUGUAUAUCAUCCACUGAUCUCGUUAAAGGAGGGUCCAUGUGGGACACAGAUUGCAUUUCCUGUGCCAAACACAACACCAAUUGUGACAAAUGGUCACUCGAGACAAGAUGGAAGUUAUCUACAGCAUACACCUAAUUUUUAUCCGCUGAGUCGCGUACCCAGUGACUUGAAUGGUGGAGCAGACUCAACAUUUGAAAACAAGAGUUGGAAUUGGGGAAUUCAUUUUGAUACACCAGGAAAAUAUCAGGUGGUUCCACGAUAUUGGCCUAAGGGUUUACAUAAAAGUCCAGAUCAGCAGAAUAUAUCUAAAGAGUAUCCUUCUCGUUUUAUGGAGACUAUUGAAUAUAACUUUUUUAAAGUCAAAUUGUUUAAACUAGGUUGUAGAAUAGAUUUUACUUUUCUGCUUGGAUACUUAGCUGCUCAGGUUCAUGACUCAUCCAACAUCGUUGUCACUCCACUUUUUGAGAAGAUGCUGAGUGCAAGUGAUACUGGAAAAAUGGGAAAAAUGGGCCGGCUGGUGCUGCCAAAGAGAUGUGCAGAGGCUUUCCUUCCCCCAAUUUCCGACCCCGAAGGUGUGCCACUCAAAGUUCAGGACUCAAUGGGUAAAGAGUGGACAUUUCAGUUUCGCUUUUGCCCCAACGUCAGUAGCAGAACAUAUAUUCUAGAUGGAGUAGCUGCAUGCAUACAGAGCAUGCAGUUGCAGGCUGGUGAUACAGUUAUAUUUAAACGACUAGAUCCAGAAAGGAAGUUAAUCAUGGAUUUCAGAAAGGCUUCAGUUGCUCAAUCAUCUGAUCAGGAAACUGACUCAGCGAAUAACAUUUGUGACACUUGCACGAACGAAGAUACUGAACCAGUUGAUACACAUUCACCAUCUAAAGUUAAGAAGUCUGCGUAUAGAGCAAAAGAAACUCCAGUAGAAAUUUCAUCCAGGAAGAAAAAAAGCAGCACGGUAAUUACAAGAAGUAAACGUCGAAAAGUUGAAAAGGGAGACCUCAUUGAGCUGAAGCUAACAUGCAAAGAAGCUCAAGGAUUGCUCCUGCCUCCUCCCAACUCCACUCCAUCUAUAGUGACGAUAGAGGAAUAUGAGUUUGAGGAAUAUGAGGAUGCGCCAAUCAUCGGCAAGCCAACAGUGUGUGCUACUAACGGUAGAGGAUCAACAUGCUCGACAGAUGAAGAACUAAUGCCUGAACAGCAUGAUGAAGAGACCUUGGAACCUACAGCAACCACGAGACACCCACGACAUAAAAGUGGCUGCCCUUGCAUUGUUUGCAUACAAUCCCCAAGUGGGUUCGGUCCCAAACACAUCCAAGGCUGUUGUUGUAAGGUCUGCAAUAUGAGGAUCCGCCGUAGGCGUUCUUUCUCGUUACAGAGAGAAAAGAAGCUGAUAGAGAGAGCCAAAAAUGCACAAAAGGAAGACGAAGAAUCCAUGCCUGGUUCUAACAAGAGUGGAAAGACACGUAAAAACCAUGAGCAUAAAGCUUCGCCUUUGAAAGGACAAAUAGAUUUGAAUUUCCAACCAGAGAAAGACGAAGAAUCCAUGCCUGGUUCUAACACAGCUACCAAGAACAAGUCUCUGCAUCAUGAUGAAUGCUCAUUAGAGUAA